AUAUAUGUAUAUUAUAUUGAAUUUGAGAACCUUCCAUUCGAAAAACGCUCUCUUUCGCACCAAAAAAAAAAAAAAUCCAGUUGUGCUCCUGUCCGUACAAUCGGAGCUGUUUUUCCGACGCAACGACUUGCCUGAAUCUGACUCCGUACCUUGUCGGUAAACCAAUCGUACUCAGUUUUCAAUUGCUGAUACAACAGAAUGAGAAAGAGAAAUUCGCGCCAAAAAAGGCUGUGAUUGGUAGAUAUGAUGGAGACGAUGAGAGAGAAAUCGGAUUUCCCGCCAAAAAAGCUUGCUAGGCAGCUAGACUUCACAGAGCUCAAAGGCUUAUCUUUAGCUGUUGCCGUACAAAGGGAGGAGCAAUCGGAGUCACCGGCGAAGCCGAAGUUCAAAUUGCGUCCCCCAAUUUAUCCACCUUCUCGUCCGCCAUUGUCUGCACUAAAGCCAGAGUCCUCAAAUAUACUGUCACAUACUAACAUCGAAGUCAAAGAUGGCACUCCAAAGGAAUUGAGACAUUGCAAGUGCAAACAAUCAAGAUGUUUGAAGUUAUACUGCGAGUGUUUUGCUUCUGGAACAUACUGCAACAGCUGCAACUGUGUUAAUUGUCAAAAUAACCUUGAGAACGAGGCUGUUAGGAGAGAAGCUGUUGAAUCUACCUUAGCGCGUAAGCCAAAUGCAUUCAUGCCAAAGAUCGUAAGCAGUCCGCAUAGAAGUCAGGAUAAUAAGGAUUUGGUUCCUUAUUGGAGAAGCGCUCUAAUCAUUUCUCGCUUGUUCAUAAAAGGGAUAUCCAUAGAGGAUGCUAAAUAUAGACACUUUUUUGAAAAGAAUAAGCAAAUUCAUGAUUAUUAUUUGAGUGAAGCAAAGGAUGUUCUCAUGCUGGGAAAACACAACAAGGGAUGCCAGUGCAAGAGAUCAGGGUGCCUGAAGAAGUAUUGUGAAUGCUUCCAAGCUAACAUCCCCUGCUCUGAAAACUGUAAAUGCAAGGGCUGCAAGAAUUUUGAAGGAUGCAAAGAGCGGUGGGCUUUUUCUAAUGGGAACAAUACCAAUUCCACAGCCUGCAUCCAGCAGACAAAUGCUGCCAUAGCUGGUGCUUUAGGGUUCUCUAGUUAUAGUUUCUCUCAACAAUCCAGGAAGAGAAAAGAUAAGGGCAACUUUUUGGGUUCAAUUAGUGAAGAUCCUUGCAGGCUUGCACAAUAUCAACAGGUAAACCAUGUCAGCACUUCUGGUUCCUCCUCUCCCUCAUCUGUCCCCCUGAUUUGUCAGACUGUUACUUCUGCAGCAUUGGGCACUUCGAAGUUCACUUACAGGUCUGUGUUAGCUGGGACCAUCCAACCACAUGACAUGAUAGAGCUUUGCUCAAUUUUGUUGGCAGUAUCAGAAGCUGCUAAGGUUCUUGCAGACGAAAAAGGUUCCAUCAAUGUACAAAUCGAGAGAGAAAACCAGACAGGCAGUUUCUGUGCUGCCCAAGAUGAGAAGUACUACUGCCAAGAAGCACUUGAGGUCCAGAAAGCUGUGCCAAAUGACGAUUUGAAUGGAAAUAAGGUUGAUAUAAUUGGCAAAGACGAUUCCAGAUCUGGUAAUGAUGAUGUGCAGAAUGGAAGUCCAAUGUCUCCUGGAACACUUGCAUUGAUGUGUGGUGAGAAAGAUAAGUUGUUCACACCAGAUGCUUCCUCAGUCCGGAUUUGGAAUCAUGGCUGCAACACAUAUGUCAAUGUAGAGCAGGAAAGGCUUGUGUUGGCAAAGUUCAGGGAUUUUCUUAAUAAGAUCAUCACUCGUGGAAUCAUAAAAGAAUGCUUUUUGUUGGCUGGAGCUACUGAGGAUCAAAUGGAGUUACUGCUUGGUGAUGGCAUUGCUAAACCUGGAAGCAAAAUGGUAAGUGAACUGGAAUUGGUAGGCAAUGGGAUUUUAAGAGGUCAUGGUCCAGAUGAUGGUGAAACAUCUCCAGCUUUUGGUGAAGUGAAAACCCCUUCUGCUAAGACUCUACCGCUAGAGGUUCAGAAUACCACUGUAAAAGGGCACAUGACACCUAAAAACUGAAAAAUACUUCUAGUACCUAAAUACCACAUUAGGAUUGUAAUAAUUUCUGCCAUGAUUUGAUGCAGUUUUCAUGAUGCAGGAUAAUAGAUUGUUUGGCCUCACUGUUACAAACGAUUUUGUGUGAAUAUAUAAUAUAUAGAUUCUAAAACUGUGGUUAAGUACCAUUUUGAAGUUCCAUUAUACAAUUGUACUUGCAGACCACCACAAGAUAACUACUUGAUGGAGAUAGCCCUGUGUAUUUG